UUCGGAUAACUUUAGCUACGAUAUUUGAUUAGCUAAUUAAAUUUUUAUAAAAAAAUUCUUAGGAUAUUAAGACCAAGGCCUUUUAAUAAAUAUAAUUAUUUUAAAAACCAUUAAUGCAGAAACCUCCACCAUAUGAUCAAGCUCCUCUAGGAUUUAUAACUCCAGCACAAAAUGUUCAAGUAUAUUCGCAACCACCUCAGGGUUAUUAUCAAAAUCAACCUAUGGGAGGACAAUAUUAUCCUCAGCAGCCAUAUAAUUAUGCUGGUGGACAAAUACCUUAUGGACAACCUCAAUAUUAUGGUGGUCAACCUGGAUGUCAACAACCUAUGAUGCCUGCAAAAAGAGGGAUUAGAGAUUGUUGGCUUUGGACUUUAUGUGCUACCUGCCUUUGUUGUUGCCUAUGCAAUGAUGGUUAUGAUUGUUGUGCAUGCUGUGAUGGUUUAGAUUCUUGCUGUUGUUGAUAUAUUUAAAUAGCUCCAUUAUAUACAUUUUUAACUCAACGAAUCAAAAAAUAACAAUUUUAUACAACAAAUUCCCACAUAUUGAGAUCCAUAUACUUUUCACUAUUUUAUUAUAUAUGCACUAUUUAAGAAAUUUAUGACAGAAUUUUUAAUAAAAAUAACUGACCAUGUCCUAUUAAUAUAUUUUCAUACUCUUUAAAUAUAUAUAUAUAACAGAAGCCUAAAUUUUUUAUUCCAUAUCCAAUUAAUCUCGCA